UAUGAGGAUAGGUUAUAUUUUCGAAGCAGUAGUUCCAUAAUGAAACACCGAAAACUUAUGUUAUUUUAAAAUUUGUAUUUCUACAAAUUAAUUUGAUUCUUAAAAAAAAAUGUCUAUUACUCAAGUGUCUCAGAAUUCAUAUAAAAUCCGUUAAAAAUGUUGACAAGUUACAUAUGAAUUUGGAUUUGGAAUUGCUAUAAACUGAAUACGAGAGAUCUUAGGUAUUAAACAUACCUACUAAAACGAUAUUUAUCAAGUUUAACUUUUAGUGGUGAAUAAUAUGGCAAAAAGUAUGUCAGAUAAAGUUGUACUGAGUUACUAUGACUGUUUGCUUAGAGCUAGCGAUGUUGCGUUACUUCAAGGAACACACUGGUUGAACGAUGUUAUAAUAGGAUUUUAUUUUGAGUAUCUAGACCAAAAAUUUAACAAAAAUGGAAAGAAAGAAUUCUAUUUUAUUAGUCCUGAGUUGACACAGUUGUUGAAAAUGUCUGAUCCAUCUCAAUAUGAAAUAUUCUUGGAUCCUACUAAUGUAUCAGAAUGCAAAUGCAUAAUUUUCCCUUUAAAUAAUUGUGACCGAAAAGACGCAGCUGGAGGUUCACAUUGGAGCUUACUAGUAUUUUCUAAGCAUGAUAAAAAGUGCUACCAUUAUGAUUCUUCCAGAGGUUACAACAGCAGUGUUGCUUCACAAUUUGCAACGAAUGUAAUGAACUCUGUUCUUGAUAAAGAUGUACUUAAUAAAAAGUUUGUGGAAGCAGAUUGCCCACAGCAGGACAAUGGAUACGACUGUGGAAUUUAUGUUUUAUGUGUAACAGAUGUAAUUAUCAAGCAUGUUUUACAAACUGGAAAAGUAGAAGGAUGCGAUUGUAGGGAAGUUAAAAAGUUAGCUGAAUCAAAACGCAUGCAGUUAUUAAAUUUGAUUAAUGAAUUAAAAUGCAAACCAAAUAGUAGUACAUAACGUACAUAAUUAUUUGUAAACUGAAUGAAUUGUAAAAUUAUUUAAUAUUUUCAACAUUUUUUGUUGUACAAAUGUAUUGUAAGUAAGCAUUAGUGUACAGAUAUUAUAAUUGAUGCUUAGUAUUAUUAAGUGAUAUGUUAAUAU